AUCAAAGUCACUUGUGCGUUUGAAUACACUGAAAUUUGGAUGUGCUUCUGAAGACCAAAAUCUAGAUUGAUCAUGACCAGCUGACCGACGGUUUCCACGGAAGGUGCAGACAGGAUACAGGAUACAGGAUACAGGAUAUCCGUAUGAUAAAUGAAUGAGGUUUAUUGUAAAAAUAAGUUUUAACUCUCCUUCAGCCGUGCCAUGGAGUCAUCUGCGAGGAAGCGACAUCCAAAGGGACGCAGCAAAGAUGAUGUUAUCCAAGGAGAUGAAGGAAUGGACGACGCAGAGGAUAAACCAUACAACCCCAAAACAAAUUUUAAUUCUUAUGUUCUAUUUUCUGUGUAUAUAGGAACAGCAAUACUCCUUUACUUGCUAAUGUAUCUGCUGUUCCACAGUUUCCCAACACCUUUAAAAGGGGAAGCAUGUUUAUCAGAGGAACUUUUUUGUGAAGAAAGAGCAAGGAUCCACUUGGAAAACAUCACUAGUUUUGGACCACGUGUUGCUGGAAGCUAUGCAAAUGAAGUAAAAGCAAAAGAAUAUUUAAUGAAUGAAAUUAGAAAAAUUCAACAACAACUUCAUGCAUCAAAGAAAAUGGAAAUAGAUUUGCAAAUUACAACCGGUUCUUUUCACCUAGUUAACUUUAUACAAACUAACUUUUACAGUGUAUAUAGAAAUAUGCAAAAUAUUGUUGUAAAAAUAUCGGAACAAGAAGAGUCCGAAGAUAGUUUCCUUAUUAAUUGUCACCAUGACAGUGUCUCAUCUAGUCCAGGAGCUGGAGAUAAUGCAGUCAGCUGCUCAGUAAUGCUAGAAAUCAUCAGAAUAAUGUCUAGAUCACCAUUUAAACUCAAACACAAUAUCAUUUUUCUGUUCAAUGGAGCAGAAGAAAACAUGUUGCAGGCUAGUCAUGGAUUUAUUACUCAACAUAAGUGGGUCAAAUCUAUAAAGACUGUGAUAAAUUUAGACUCAGCAGGUGCUGGGGGCUGGGAAGUAGUUUUCCAAACAGGGCCUGAACAUCCGUGGCUGGUUGCAGCCUAUGCAGAGUCAGUACCUCAUCCUUUCGGUUCUGUUAUUGGUCAGGAGAUCUUUGAACUUGGAUUAAUUCCCUCCGAUACAGACUUCAGAAUUUUUAGAGACUAUGGUAAAAUCCCAGGAUUGGAUAUUGCACACAUUGCCAAUGGAUACAUCUACCACACAAUUUAUGAUCAGCCGAAGUAUAUACCCCCUGGGUGUCUUCAAAGAGCAGGUGAUAACCUCUUGGCAUUGAUUCUGAAGCUGGCAUCUAAUCCUAAGCUGGCAGAUCCAGGUCUGGACAGGCACGGAUCUAUGAUUUUUAUUGAUGUCUUUGGAAUAUUCAUGGUCCACUAUCCCCUGAGAAUUGGACAGAUCCUGAAUUACCUGGCAGUUGUUUUGGGUUUUCUUCACAUUUAUAAAAGAUCAGCAAGAUACUCUUUAAAAGAGUUGAAUGGCUGGUCUUAUGUGCUGUUGGUGCUGUGCUUUGUGCUGACCUCCCUAUUGUCCUGGGUGCUGUGCAUACUUUUGUUGGCCGGUUUUGGGCUGAUAAUGAGCACAUCAGUGCGAGCCAUGUUCUGGUUCACGCACAACAUCAACAUCUUCUCAGUGUUUGUAAUUCCCUCCCUCACUGUGAUACUGCGUCUACAUCAGUAUUUCAAAGAUUACUUUUUGAAGAAAAUAAGUCAAUUUAUAAAAGAAGAAAUCCACUUUGAUGCCUCCCUUGUGAUCUGGUCUGUAUUCACCGUCCUAAUGACUGCAGCUGGACUGGCCUCGGCCUUUAUGCCAAUGUUAUGGAUACUGCCACCUCUAGUCAUCAGGGAAUAUGUUGCCUAUUACAUCAAACCAGACUGGAGAUCCUCACCCCUGUCCUAUCUCCUUGUCACCCUCUGCAGUAUAGCCAUACCAGCUCUGAUUACAAUGGAGGUUUUCUUUGGAAUAUUCUCACUACUUGUACCAAUCAUGGGCCGUUCUGGUACAUCCUUGCCUCCUGAUGUAGCCAUUGCUGUCAUCACUAGUCUGUUAGUCUGUCUCUACAGUCAGUAUUUGAUUGGAGUGACAUACUUAUGCAGUAACAUGAAAUCCUUCCUGUUGUUUCUAUCCUCCUGUUUUGUUGUUGGUAUACUAGUUGUUAUCUUCACCCCUCUGGGAUUUCCCUUCAGUGAUAACCCUAAUGGUCCCUCUCCUAAAAGAGUUUUACCAUUCCACAUGCAUAGAAAAUUCCAUGAUAAAAAUGGUCUUUUAGUGAAGGAAGACAGUGGACUUUGGAAUCUUCCCAUGGAUUACAUUGGAGAAAACUUAUUUCUCAAUAAUGAGUUCAUAAAGAAAUCCCAGCGUAAAGAAUGUGACGGACCUAACUGUGGUCUGCCUUAUCUCAUCCCAGUCAGUCAUAUGCUGGACCCUAGGCAGUCCCUUUACUUCAUGAAUAACGAGGACCCAGAUGUAAAACCUUUGGUGAAGUUAAAGCUAUUAGAAAGAAGAAAUGUGUUACCAGAGAUUGAGAGAUUCACAUUCCAAGCAUUAGGACCUGACCACAUGACCAUGUAUAUUGCACCUCCAUCUAGUGUCGAGCUAGUUGAUUGGUCCAUUGACCGAGGACAUCCCACCCCAGUGUCACAAAGAGAAGGAACCAAUGAAACGCUUUACUUUGUGUAUUACUCUCACGGACUAAAGCCUGAUACUCCAUGGGAAUUCUACCUUGAUUUUAAGGUAGCAGAAAAAACAGAACUAGUUACAGAAAUUGUCUUGUGCGGCCAUUAUCUCCAUGGUGACCAACAUGUAACUCCACUCUUACAGCGAUUUAUACACAGCCUACCUGACUGGGCGGUGCCUAAUCCUUGGGUCGUCACGUACAAUUUAUACCAGUUCUGAUUGGAAAGAAAACAAGGCUAAAUAUUUUAUGGACCAUAGAUUUUUGGUCUUUCUGAUCAAUUUAUUUUACUUUUUAUUUCAUUUGUUUUUAUUGUGAGUAAGCUAAUAAGGUAGAUUUUCAAUAAAUUUUUUUUUCUAUUUAGAAUUUUUGUAUUUUUAUUGAUUUUAGUGAAACAAUUUAAAAUAUAGGAUGUUGAAAAAAAAAAAGAAAAACAUUAGAUGGAGCAUAAAGAUUACAUUUGGUUAUCUACAGUUUACAAUUUUUUUUUACAAUACACAUGUAUAGUAAACCUCAAUGCAUAAUGCUUGUGUACUAGGUACUUAAAAUUCCAUAAUAUUUACCAUAAAAUAUCUGUGAUUUCUGUCAGAGGAUAUGUUAUGCUAUUAUAUAGGCACCUCUGCAUCAGAUUUUCUGUGAUAAAUGGCAAAUUUGAUUUUUUUGCCAGGAAAAAAAAAAUCCAAGAAACCAUAUGCAAUAAAACACAAGAUAGAAAUAAUAAAAUACUUAGUAUCAACAAAUACUCAACCAUACAUGUUCAUAGAUACAUUGUAUAGAUAUGCCACCUCAUUCUGAAAUCAACAUACCUGUAUAUUACACUGGUAUAUUAAACUGCAGCAUUAUCUUUACUUAAAAUUUUGUAGCAAGGAUGCUUGAAGUGAAAUACAUGUGAAGAAAAUUUGCUCAACAUUUCUUUAAAGGCAGUAGACUUUGCCAAGAAAAACUAUGACAAUGAUUUGUACCAUGUAUUACCGUAAAUCUGGAAAUUUUUACGUCAAUUUUAUUUUGCGAAUUCAGGUCAAAAUGGGGUUGAUUAAUUUUUACGUUUCAAAAUUUUGCGAAUUAUUACUGCUUUGUUUACAUUUCUUAUUGGUAAUUUAUUUUUAAGAAAAAUAUUUUUGCGAAUGCAAUGAACUCGCAAAUUUGCUAAAAAUUUAUCUACAGCAAAAAUUUCCAGAUUUACGGUAAUGUAACCUGUAAUAAUCAUUUGUGUGUGUGUAUAGUCAUAUAUCAUAUAUUUAAUAUUUAUUGUUACAAGUCAUUCCAAUCACAUGUUCUUAUAUAUAUUUUUGUCAAGAAGUAUUAUGUUUAAUUCAGUCAUAUAUGGUGUUCAAACAGGUCCAGGUUUAGAUACAGUAAUAAAUGGCGAAAUUCUUAAUCCGUAUUAUAUAAAUUUUCACUACUUUUUUUUGCAAGAUUUUUUUAAUAAAUAUUUAUAUUUCUUAAUUAUGACCUAGAAAUGUAGUUCAGACAAUAUACGUAAAUCAACUGACUGUGAUUUUAAAAUAUGCAAACCACAAUCAGGGUUAUAAUGUAUUUUUAAUCACUGGUAAUUUUAUUUAGUUAUUGAACAAAUGUAUUGUUAAUUUCAUGUUGUAGUUAUUGGUGUCAUGUUUUGUUGUCAGGAAAACAAUGCUCAUGUUUUUGGUGAUCACGGGCACUGGUAGCCAUUUCCAAAGGGGGGUGUCUGGGUUCAAAUCUUGUUGUGGUCCAUUGCAUUUUUUCUCCCUCACCUUUUACAUUUUUUAACAGAUGCAAAACUGAUAAAUUAGUGUAAGCUUUUCAAGUCUUAACUAGUCAAAUAGUAAUGCACUGCCAUUCCAUCAUUUACAAUUUUAUCAGUUUUGGUUUCAUAGUUAUCAUUUUCAGAAUAUGAAUGUGCCUUUUUUCCAGAAAAAAGAUGCAGUUGAACUUCAGUAUCUCAAACCUCAAUAUCCUUAAUACCAUGGAUUUACAUGUAUUGAAAUGACUUUAUUAAAGUCCCAACCAUUAUUCCCUUAUGUAUUUAUAAACCUAAAUUUAUUUCUGCUGCAAGUAAGAUGAAAAUUGACGGUCUUUUCACUAGUCAUAUUUUGCCAAGACAGUUCAUGUCUGCAGGAACCCAUUACACCAACUGUUUGCAUAUUCUACAACUUGUUUCUUUUGUACAGGUUACAUAGAACUGCAGACCUUCAAAAAUUGCUUGUAAAUGAGUAUAGCUGUCUUGAAAGGACUAAAUCACAAAUUAUUAGUUUUGUCAAUCAUCUGUGCAAUGUAAAUGCAAUGCAAUCAUGAUGCAUAAUUUAUACACUUAUAACAUUGUACAGAAAAAUUAUCCAUUGUAUGUCUUACACACAGGCACCUGGCGUUACUAAUUUUUCUUUUCAUAAAAAAAUAUACCCCUACCUAAUUUAUUAUUAGGUAGGGGAUAUGUUUUUUAUGAAAAGAAAAAUAAGUAAUGCCAGGUGCCUGUGGUUUUACAGUCUACCUGUUAAAAUCAUUUGUUUUGUUUAGAUGAUUGUUAUGCACAUAUGUUACAUGUUAUAUUUUCCUUCUAUUUUAGGAAAAAAGAGACAAUUGGCAUGUAUGUAUAGGAUCCAGGAUCAUGAAACAGACUCAGACUUAAGUCAAAUUUUCAAAUGCCUGGAAAAUGUUUAUUCAUCAUUGAAUUACUGUCAAAAUUUACAAAUAACAACACUUUUGUGAAUCAAUAUUGAAACAUAUUUUAAUUUGGGUCUGCUUGACUUCUACAACAUUUAAGUAUAAUUUAAAGAUUCUGACUUAAGCUGAAGAUGUUUCAUGAUCCUGGGACCAGAUUUGAAGUUGAUUAAAUUCAUGUACAAGCAUUUGCAUAUUUUUGUAAAUGGUGCAUUCCAGGUCACUUCUAUAAAGGGCUUAUAAUCUGCUCUAUAAAUAUUUUAUAUCAAAUUAUCAUGCAUGA